AUGAUCUACCGAUUUGUGGCCGCGGUCGCCAUUCUGGCGGCGAACGCUCAUUGUCAGUAUUAUGAAUGGCCACAACAACAGCAGUACAAUCAAUUUAAUCAAGGAUAUCAGCAGUUUCAACAGCCACAACAAUUCCAGCAACCACAGCAAUAUCAACCACAACCAUUCGAGCAGCAAUUCCCCACUCAACAACCACAAUACCAACAACCACAACAAUAUCUACCACAACAACCAUCACAAUAUUUCCAACAACCACAACCACAACAGCAGCAGCCUGUGCAACAAUAUCAGCCACAACAACCCCAACAACCUUAUCAACAACAACCACCACCAGCUCCACCACCAAUUUAUUCUCAAACUGUGAUCAUUCCACAAGCCCCACCACCACCACCAGAGGCUUAUCAAGCACAACAAUAUGUCCCAUCGCAGCAAUCGCCAGUGAUGGUUCAGCCAGCCGAUAUUCCAAGAUAUCAUCAGAAGCCAUUGGCACCAAAGGUUCCUGAUGUUGCUUUUCAACAUGCGAAUACGGCUAGAAGUGUGCAACAAGUCGAUUUUGAUAACAAAUUGUUCCGAGAGCAACCAAAUUCUCUCGCACAGAAUCAGGAAAAGAUCACUCUGCUCGCCCAACCACCACCACCUCCGGCACCGCCAGCACAGACUCAGGCACCACUCAUUCGUGUUCCACCACCACCGGCUCGAUUCAUCCCCACCCUGAAAUCUCUGUACAAUGUGGAUCCACCGCGUCCAAAGAACCCAUCGUACAGACCAGAUGAGAUCAUCGUGGAUGGCCAUCGAUCGGCAUAUUUUGAGGAUACACAACGUACUAGACCUCAGGCAUCAAAGGCUCGUGUGCAGUCAGUAGGAGGAAAUGUUCACUCAAGUUCUGCUAACAUUCCACGUACAUCUCAACCAGCAGCCGUCGUAGCAUCACCACAACAACAAUCGUUCGUCAGACCAAAUGAGCAGCACCAGCAGCCACGUGUCGUCCGUCCACAACCACAGCAACCAUUGACGCGUCCUGCUCCAAUCAGACCACAGACUCGUCGUCCAGCUCCUCAGCCACAGCAAGCUACCCGCCCAAUUCCACGUCCAGCUGCUCCAAAGAGUCAUUUGGCUCCACAACCUGCUCCAGUUGUUGCUGCUUCUAAGCCAAGAUCAGCCAGUGAGAAGUUUCUGCAAUGCUGCAAAGGACGUAAAGUUCAUAAUUCUUGCGAAAGAAUCUGCAGUUUUGAUGUUCUCUCAAAGAAGACGUUGACUGGAAUGUUCCUUGGAACUGAUCCAUGCCCACAACACCAUGGACUUGAUCUGAUGCAAUGUGCUGCAGACAAUGACGAUCAUACUGAAUGUUGUAUCGAUAGAGAAGUCGAUAGAACAUCAGCAGGCAAGAAAUGCCUCGGAUUCUGUAAUAUGAAGCCAGGAAUCACCUUCCAGGCUGAUGUUUCUAUGCUCCCAUGCUGGUCGGUACUCAAUGAUAUCAAGCAAUGCUUCAAGGAGAACUUGGAGCGUCAACUAGCUGCUGCAAUCUAG